CCCCUCCCCCCCACCGAUCGCGAGCCCUAUAUAAACCGCUCUUACCCCCUCAGCCUCUCCCUAUCAUCAAGCAUGACUCAACUCAAAUCCGGCCCAACAAGCAGUCCAAAUGGAUCGACCGUCCCAGCAGUCGAACCCAUCAAAGUUCGCCCAGACCCCUCCUACGCCGACUUCUCCACCCUCGCAAUCCACGCCGGACAAGCCCCCGACCCACUUACCGGCGCCGUAAUCCCACCUCUCUCACUCACCACCACAUUCGCGCACAGUGCUCCAGGCGUGCAGAUAUCGGAUUAUUCAUACGCCCGCGGCGGGAAUCCCACGCGGACGGCGUUGGUGGAGCAGAUUUGUGCGUUGGAGAAAGCGGAGUGGGGGGUUGUGUUUAGUAGUGGAGUUGCGGUUGUUAAUGCUGUAACGCAGCUUGUGAAACCUGGCGGUGGGGGGAGGAUUGUGUGUUCGGCGGAUGUGUAUGGCGGGACGAGGCGGUAUUUGACGAAAGUCGGGCGGGAGGUUAAUGGGUACGACGUCACCUUCGUCGACCUCUCGGGCUCGGAAGAGGAGGUUACAGCACGACUCCUCCCGCACCUCGUUGAGGGCUUAGGCAUGAUCUGGCUCGAAACCCCAUCAAACCCCCUCCUAAACAUCAUCGAUAUCCCUCUAAUCUCCUCCCUCCUCACACAACACUCCCCCUCCACAAUCCUAGUCGUCGACAACACCUUCCUCUCACCCUACCUCCAACGUCCUCUCCUCCUCGGCGCGACGAUCGCGGUACACUCUGCCACGAAACAUCUCGGUGGACAUUCGGAUGCGUUAUUGGGGGCUGCGGUCACUAAUUCUGAGGAAAUUGGUACGAGGUUGGGGUUUUUGGCGAAUACGUUGGGGGGGGUGCCGAGUCCGUGGGAUACGUAUCUCGUUACGCGGGGGAUUAAGACACUUGCGCUCCGGAUGGAGAAAGCGUGUGAGACGGCGUCGGUGAUUGCAAGGACGCUGGAUGGGUUGGGGUGUCCGGUUAUCUAUCCUGGACUGCCGACACACCGCCACCACGCACUCUCCAACACCCAAUCCCGCCACCCCGGGCCCCUUCUCUCCAUCGAUCUCACCCUUCCUCCCCAUGGGGCUUCCUCCACAUCGAGUUCCUCCCCCGCCGCAGCCGCCGCAGCCAAACUCUUCAUCUCACACCUAAAACUCUUCACGCUCGCGGAGUCUCUUGGUGGCGUUGAAUCACUCGUAUCUGUACCGAGUGCGAUGACGCAUGCUUCUGUGCCGGAGGCGGGGGUGAAAGGGGGGGUGGUGAGGGUUAGUGUUGGGUGUGAGGAGGGGGGGGAGUUGGUGCGGGAUUUGGUUGGGGGGUGGAGGGAGGUGGUGAAAGAAUACCCUGAGUUGAGGGGUGGGGAGUGGAAUGCUAAUGGGAAUGGGGAGUAGGGAGGGCGUGGGUUCGGUAUUAGGGAUGGAGUUUGGGUGUUUUGCUAUCAGUUCAUUGCAAUAAUUGCUUAUCCUUGUUCGCAACACUUGGCCAGGCCAUUGCAGUCUGAAUCGUUGCGAGUGAUGGAUAUGCGUGCACGUAUGCGUGGGAAAUUCGCUGAACCGUGACAUAUCGACGCCGACAUCGAUUUCGUUACCGUCACAAGAACUAAUGUUAAAUGUUACGAUAUUUGCAAUCGAUAGCGACUCGAACUGAGAAAGGUCUGCGUGCAAGAGCCGAUCACGUGCCGGUCGUCAUCACCACUCAGAU